GGGCUACCAAAGACAUGGGGAAGAUGCUGGGUGGGGAUGAGGAGAAAGACCCAGAUGCUGCCAAGAAAGAAGAGGAACGACAGGAAGCCCUAAGGCAAGAAGAGGAGGAGAGGAAAGCCAAAUAUGCCAAGAUGGAGGCUGAAAGAGAAGUUAUGAGACAAGGGAUUCGAGACAAGUAUGGGAUAAAGAAGAAGGAAGAAAAGGAAGCAGAGGCCCAGGCCGCACUGGAAGCUAAUGCUGAAGGGAGUCUGACACGCCCAAAGAAGGCGAUCCCUCCUGGCUGUGGGGAUGAGGAGGAGGAGGAAGAAGAGAGCAUUCUAGACACAGUCAUCAAAUACCUACCAGGGCCCCUGCAGGACAUGUUCAAGAAGUAA